CUCCCUGAGUUCUCGCGAGCUCGGGUCCGAGAGCGGCGCGAGAACCGGUUAUUUUGGGGUGUUUGAAGCGGCCGGAGCGUUGUGGCUGCGGAACUCGGGGAGUCCUCCUGACGCCGGCGAGCCGCGGCUGGGAUCGUGGCAGGGAUGGAUGAGGACCUGCUGUUGGCGCUGCGCCUUCAGGAGGAGUGGGCGUGCGACCCGGAGCCCGCGUCGCUGGUGGACGCGUCCUGGGAGCUGGUGGACCCCACGCCGGACCUGCAGGCGCUGUUUGUGCAGUUCAACGACCAGUUCUUCUGGGGCCGGCUCGAGGCCGUGGAGGUCAAGUGGAGCGUGCGGAUGACCCUGUGUGCUGGGACGUGCAGCUAUGAAGGAAACGGUGGAAUGUGUACUAUCCGUCUUAGUGAACCCCUUUUAAAGUUGAGACCAAGAAAGGAUCUUGUAGAGACCCUCUUGCAUGAAAUGAUACAUGCCUAUUUAUUUGUUACUAAUAAUGAUAAAGACCGGGAAGGACAUGGUCCAGAAUUUUGCAAACAUAUGAAUCGCAUCAACCACCUGACUGGAGCCAAUAUAUCAGUAUACCAUACUUUUUAUGAUGAGGUGGAUGAGUAUCGGCAGCAUUGGUGGCGCUGCAAUGGGCCGUGUCAGUAUGAGAAACCAUACUAUGGCUAUGUCAAACGUGCUACUAACAGGGCGCCCUCUGCCCAUGACUAUUGGUGGGCCAAACACCAGAAAACCUGUGGAGGCACUUAUAUAAAAAUCAAGGAGCCAGAGAACUACGCAAGAAAAGGCAAGGGAAAGAUGAAACUAGGACAGCACCUGGAAUCAGCAGGGGAGAAUAAAGAGAAACGUGGUAGAGGUGAGGCACAGCAGUUAAUCCCGUUCAGUGGGAAAGGGUAUGUCCUAGGGAAAACAGGUAGCUUGGCCUCAUCUGCAAAAUCAGCCUCCUCUGAAGCCACGAGUACAGCCCGAGACCUUACAAGUAAAGGCCAUUCAGGAGAUGCCCCAGGACUAAACUCUGAAGUUGAGGUGAAAUACGAACGGAGCAGUUCAAAUAAAAAAACUCAUCUAGUUUCUCCUGUUCCUAAUGCCAACCACCAAAGUGUUUUAAGCAACUACUUUUCUAGAGUAUCAGUUGCAAACCCAAAAGCUUUCAGAAGUGAGAAUGGAUCUCCAGUGAAGUGCUUUACGGCUGGUGAUACCACCAAAAUCUCAGGCCCCUGUGAUUCACAGAGAUGGGCUGCAGCUUCUAAUCAACCUCCAAGAAAUUCUUCAAAAGCACUGGAGGAAACAUCUGUUACUGCAACCCAGGUUGUGAGCAGACCUGAAGAGAAAUUCUCAAAUAAACGUCCCAGGCUAGAAGACAAGACUGCUUUUAACAAUUUUUUUAUCAAGAAAAAGAAAAUACAAAGUGGUAGCAAUGAUCCAAAGUGUAGUUCAUCUCCUACAACCACAACUCAAAGCUUCAGUACUCUGUCCAGUCAGAGCGAAAUAGUGAAUUGUCCAGUUUGUCAUAAUGCAGUUUUGAAUUCUGAAAUUAAUGAACACUUGGACUGGUGCCUUGAAAAUGAUAGCAUUAGAGUUAAAGUUGACAAAUGAGUCUCUCACCAUCAGCAUGACCUCACACGAGCAGUGUCAGCCGCCCAUAAUUUCUGGUUAAGACUUAGAUUGCAGGCUGU